CCUCCGACACACCGCCUAUCCCUCAGCCAUGGUCGGAACGAAGCGCGCCGCCGACGAGGAAGCCACUGGACCCACCACUCGGUCUGCGAAGACACCCAAAACCGCGCCCACUGGGCGGGGCGGCCGUAAAGGCGGCAAACGAGGGCCCAAAACCAACUUGGCCGCGUCGGCGUUCAAGGCCCGCGCGAUGCCCCUGCACGUCAACAUCACACACACGCCCCCGCCGCUCCCAGAUGCGGCGGAGGAGGGCGAGGACGCCACGGCUGUUGCGACGGUCGACCCCGGCUUCAUCGGCGCCGUGACACUCGUCCCCGACACGUUCGCCACUGGGAGCUACGGCUGGAAGGGAAGCAAGCGCCUCACCAUUGAGCUCCAGAACGUCGAGAGCGCGGAGGGCGAGAAGGAGAAGGUGCAUGUGAUGCUGACGAUAAACGCAACUGUGAUGGGAAGCAAAGGCGCCAAGGAGGAGGGCGGCGAAGAGGGCGCGGACGAGCAUGUCGAGAACGGUGCGGAGGCAAAGGAGGAAAACGGCGCGGAGCUCAAAGCUGAAAAUGGCCUAGAGAACAAGGGCGAGAACGGCGCCGAAGAGAAUAAUGUCGAGGCCGACAUCACGGAAGCGGCACAGGAGACGGCGGCAUGAGCGUACGGGGUCUACCUUAUCUUGUUUAUUCAGCCUAUCUGUAUUACUAUCUGCUG